CCGUCAGAGCCAACCUGCAACUUCCUGUUCUCUCUCUCUUCCCCGCCAUUAUAUAAUCUUUCAACUUCGCGUAAACAAUUAACAAGUGAAAUCUCUCUCUCUCUCUCUCGACUUGGGUUCUGUACAUAUGUACAAAUAAACUUUGAGCAUUGAUUUUCUUCGGUGUUUUAAUCUGGGUGCUAUUCAAUUUACUUCAUGGUGAUUGAGUAAUGCAGAGAUUAAAAGUGACCUGUGUAGUUAUACUGGAUUGUUGGGCAUUGAAGUUUCUUGGUUUUCUCAAGGAAUGAACUUUCUGUUAAAGAUUUAUAGGGGAGUGAAAUAUACGUAAAAGAUGAAUACGAGAGCCAGGACAAUGCUGCAGCCCAAGAAAGUUCCAGUGAAGCCUGACAAAGGGAAGGUCGAAAAGGUACAGGGGAACAAGCAGAGAGAUGCCACAAAAGCAGCUACAAAAAUUGGGCAAGCCUCAAGCAGAGAGAGGAAAAUAGCACUGCAGCAAGAUGUUGAUAAACUAAAGAAGAAGCUCAGGUACGAAGAGAAUGUUCACAGAGCUUUGGAGCGAGCUUUUAACAGACCUCUCGGAGCUCUCCCUCGCCUUCCUCCUUAUCUGCCUGCAGCUACGCUAGAGCUUCUAGCAGAAGUAGCUGUUUUGGAAGAGGAGGUUGUUCGGCUUGAAGAACGGGUGGUGCAUUUUAGGCAGGACUUAUAUCAAGAAGCUGUCUACAUUUCAAGCUCUAAGAAAAAUGUGAAAAGUUUUGCAGAUUUAUAUGACCUGGCCCCAAAUAAAAGUCCCAAACCAGAACAUGCCAAAACAAUAGCACGAAAUUUAGGGGCAUCCACCACAUACCCAAUCAGUCAUUUGCCCUCUUUUUCUGAGGAUGAACAAGGGAAAAAGAAUCAAUUGUGUACUAAUUCUGUGAAGCAGAACAAGAGUUCCUCAAUCCAUAAAGCUCAAACAAGCAGAACUCCAGAGAAAAGACCUCCUGUUGACGAUAAACUGGCUGAGAAGCAUUUAAAUCCUCAGAAAUUACAGAUAGUAGGUACAGCGGUUGGCCAAGGAAAUGCAGAAGCAAGAAAUGUUUGUACUGCAGAUGAAAUGUUAUCGACGGGUGACAACCCAAACAAGAUUUCUGAGGAUAUUUUGAAAUGUUUGUCAAGCAUUUUCUUUCGAAUGAGCUCAACAAAAAGUAGGCGUACUGCCGAGAAUUUACCUUUCUUAUCAACAUUAGUGCCUCAAGAAAAUGGUGAAGAAACUGAAUAUCGAGAUCCUUAUGGUAUAUGUUCACAAUUUGGGAAGAGAGAUAUUGGUCCAUACAAGCAUUUAUUUGCUAUAGAAGCUGGCACAAUCAAUCCAAACCGAACAUCAAACUCUUUAUUUCUGCUUCAUAGGCUAAAGUUUCUACUUGGGAAACUUGCCUUUGUCAACUUGCAGAAGCUCACCCAUCAAGAGAAGGUUGCUUUCUGGAUAAACAUUUACAACUCCUGCAUGAUGAAUGCAUUUCUAGAAUAUGGAAUACCAGAAAGUCCUGAGAUGAUUGUUGAACUAAUGCAGAAGGCAACAAUAAGUGUUGGGGGACACUUGCUAAAUGCAAUAACUAUUGAACAUUUCAUCCUCAGACUACCUUAUCACUCAAAAUAUACCUCGUCAAGGGUUGCGAAAAAUGAUGAAAUGACAGUGAGGAGCAAAUUCGGAUUGGAGUUAUCUGAACCAUUAGUCACAUUUGCACUUUCUUGUGGAAGCUGGUCCUCACCUGCUGUGAGAGUGUACACUGCAUCUCAGAUUGAAAACGAACUGGAUGUGGCAAAAAGAGAGUAUUUGCAGGCAGCAGUUGGGAUUUCAAGUAGAAAGUUUGCAAUCCCAAAGUUGUUGGAUUGGUAUUUACUUGAUUUUACAAAGGACUUGGAGUCAUUGCUGGACUGGAUCUGCCUUCAAAUACCAAGUGAACUUGGGAAAGAAGCAAUUAAGUGCCUGGAGAGAGGUAAACUUGAGCCUCAUUCGCAGAUUGUCCAAAUUAUGCCUUAUGAGUUCACUUUUAGGUACCUUUUGUACACAUCAUAAAUUUCAUUACCAUUUUUUACAUUAUUCUUAGGGGAGUUGGUGUCUCAGUUACUCAAUAUUGUACAAAGCUAUAGCAUAAUAUCAAAGCUAAACUUAUAAUUUGAUAUUGUUGUAAUUAUUUGUAAUAAAAAGAAAACAGCAGCAUAAGAAGAAA